AAACGACUCUUCAGCAUUAUGACUUCCAAAAGACAUAGAGUGUUUAAUAGUGAAGAACAGAUCUGCAGCAAACUCCAAAAUGUUCUCUCUCUGUGCAAGGAUCUUCAAAGGAACGGUUACGAAGGGGAUGACUUUGUGCUCCUUGCGAUCAUUCGAGAUAUGAAGAUCUUCCUCGGUGAGAAGCUAGACCGCAAGAGUGACCUGGCGAAGAUGGACGCCUUUUUCGGCGACCUCACUUCUAAUGCUGUGGUAAUCGCGCUGAGGAGACUGGUACGAGACGUCAAUCAAAUCAAAGACGGCAUGAAGAGGUUUGAAGAUGGAAUCGAAAAGAGGACGGCAAAUAAAAUGCCACCGCUUGUUAAAUCAGCUGAAGCUAAGACACAAGAAAGUGAUUGGAUAGACGAGGUCGGAUGGGAAAAAAUUAGACAGAAACGGGAAGAUCUCCUCUCAACUGUGGAGACCAGUCUUUCGCGGUACUCCACGAAGGCAAGGUCAAGGCCCAAGUCUACACCACAGCAAUCCCAAACCCUUCAGUGCUCUCCGAGUCCUGGGCCUAGCGCCUGCACACUAACCGUCGAUAGGCAACUGACCGAAAGAGUCGAGAAGCUCGAGACCUUUCUGCGAGACAGGAGAGCGCGCUUGCUCAGCUCACGAGAAAGCAGAGCGUCUAGCAUGCAGUGUGUGAGGGAUGUGGAAUGUACCAUUCAUAAUACAGAGAGCGCCAUCGAGAGGUCAAGAUUCGCCAGGAAGUCUCUCAGCGCACCUCGAAAAAAGGGUGAGCAGGACUCUACAACACCUUCGCCCGAUAACGGAGUCGGCAGAAUGUGUUGCGAUUGCCACAAAGUCCAACACGAGAAGGAUAAAUUCUGGGGUCUCAUCUCAGAUUCUGAGGACGACGAGGAAUUCAACUUGACAGUCAUAGAAAAAUACGGCCGACGGUCUCGUACAAAGCUCCCAAAACGAAAAGUGGCUGAGCUGAAUAGGUUAGAGAUGACGGAACUGUUCGAUACAUUGUCGGUACGAGACGAUGACCUUCGACCUACGACGAGCGCCCGAAGUAGGGACCGAGAUAGCCCAAUAGCUGUAGAGGACCCGAUUUCUAAAAGAAAGUUCGUCUUCAAAAAGAAGCCGGCAGGGAGAGCAGGGCGUGGCACAUGGGCUACCCCCGCGUUUGAGCGUCUUUGGACGAUGACGGAAGUCGAUGGUACGGCCAAACUGGACUCCAUGACGAGACUACGAGAGAUAAGUCUUGGCCGUCAAGCCAUUCCCCCAGUACUGCGCGCCAAGUUGUCAUGGCCCCGUCGCCUCAUUCAACGGUUAAGUGACACACGAUGAUCUGGGCAUCUCACGGCUAAGGCUUCUCAAGGCUCAGUAACCUUGAGGCGAUUACAGACAACGGCGUACUUCUGGAACUCUCACUUUAUUGUUAAUAAAAUUAUCUGUUUUAUUCACUCUAUUGUUAGAUUAAAGACGCUCUUUCCUUA